UUUGAGUAAAGGGAGACUUAGAAAAAAACAACAGAAGAACAAAUUGUAGGAAUGUUUACUUGCUGUUAGGUUCCUUCCUUUAUAUACAUCAGAAAAGUAGACGAAACUUCAUAAAACUUUACUUGGUUGUUAUUAGUCCUUGCGAUUAGAUUUAAAUUACAUUUUAAAUUACAUAUUGGUACGUUCAGGGUCUGUUCAUUGGUAAAAUUGCACAUAUUUCCGCAGUUGGUUUGCAGGUUCCCUCUCGCUUUUGUUUUGAUUUUUACCCCGGAAAUGUCGUCACAAUAAGGGGCGGGGCAUAACGUCACUAUUAAACGCUCGCGUUGCUAUUGGCUGAGCGCGACAUUUCAAAUUAUGUAGGAACAACUGCAGUUCGGAGGACUAUUGUCAAUCUCAGGAGAAAUGGACGUCGCAACGUAUUUACAGUGUUUUCAAAGCAGUUUGAGCUCAUACACAGGAGACGACCCUCUGGAUCAAUGGAUCAAGUUUGUGGAGUAUAUGGAGCAAAGAUUACCUGCAGACUGUGGCAGCGGCAUGUCGCAGGUGUUUGACAGUCUUGUGGAGAAAUUUUUGGACGUUGAGCGAUACGCAAAUGACAUCAGAUACGUGAACCACUGCAUCAAAUGUGCUAGUUAUUAUUCCGAGCCCAUCGCACUGUAUAAUUACAUCUUCAGUAAAGGCGUCGGCACCAGGACCGCAGCCCUCUACGUGGCCUGGGCGCAGCAGUUUGAACAGAAAGGACUAAAUGAUCAGGCUGAUGUAGUGUACCAGAAAGCACUGGAAAACCAAGCCCAGCCAGCCGAGACCGUGCACCAUGAAUACAGGCAGUUUCAAACGAGAACCAGAAGCCAGACAGCAGCAACAGCAGGAGGUCGAAACCCUUUGCAGGACUCCCAGUUAACCAAUCAGAUGUCAUCCCAUAGAGAGCCCGCUGCUCAGAGCAAGGCGUCUGUGGAUUGUGUGUCCAAAUCACCUACAUACACCAUAAUAGUCUCCCGCUCCGAGACUUCAGGGGCAACUUCCUCCAGUCAAGGCUUCAGCGUUCAGACCGUGUCGGCGUACAUGACAGAAGAACUCGUGUGCGAAGGAUCCGAAUUAUGCUUCGAGGAGGUCCGAGCGGAAAAGUACUUCUAUAAGCUCAGAGAGAAGCAGGAACGGGAGAAGAGAGAAAUCACGGAGAAGAGACUAAGGGAGCAGGAGGAGGGCAUCCUGAGCAUUAAAUGUAGGUUGGAGGAAAUUAAUCAGAAUCUCGCAGCCUGUGGAGAUUUAAGCAGCCAGCCUUCAUCACAGAGGCUCUCUGCAGUAGAAACAGCUGCUAGUCUGAACCCUCAUCCUACCCAGCAACCCUUCGGACGUCCUGGACCUUCAAACUAUCCGAGCAGCAGGCACUCUCUCGGCUUGAGGUUACACACGGAGCCGACCUUCAUUCAAAGGGCCAGCGCCGUCCCCGAACUUGUUCAACAGCACAGCCACACCAGGACACCGGACAUAAACACUCUGAGCUCAGAGGUAUCUUAUCAUCCCUCGGCGCUGUCUGACAGGAGCCUUCAUUCGCCCAAAACAACCUCAGCGUCAACAGAUCAAGCGUCCGUCAUCCAGGCCUCAUCAGCUCAGCUGCCUGUGAGCUUCGAGCAGAUGAACCUGUCGCUCCACAGACCGGCUGGUAUCUCCGCCGCGAACGCCGACGUUCCCUUCCAGGACGAUCGACUUCAGCGCAGCAGCUUGGAGAACCGUCAACCCCAGGAGCACAUCACCCCGCAUCAGGAUGUGAGUCUUCCAGCAGAGCCUGAGGAGAAACUUGAUGUGUCACACGGAGGUACGGCCAACGUGUCUCACAUCACUCCUAACAAUUCACUGGGGUUUGUUCAGGCCACACCGUCAAGGGUGCUACCGUCACCCACUGUCAACACACGGGAAGCACUGGGUGUGAUCAUGGACAUGUUCCAGGCCCCGACUCUUACAGAAGACUUGUUCAACAACACGUCAGUGCUCCACACCGCUGAGGAGUUUGAUGCUGGAUCUCCAAGAAACGGAGGCGCCUCCUCGUUCACCAAACCUCCCACCACAACCCCGUUCACUAUCUUCCAGGACAACAGUGACAAAGAAAACUGCAGUGCUGCUGCUCCUGCUGCGGCGGAGAAGCGUAAACCAAUCAGAGCUCUGGCUGAAAUCCCGCUGUCUAAACCAGACAAACCUAACGAGACUCCUUCAUAUCUGAUGCCGGACGAGAGCACCAUGUGGGGAGCUCGCUACAACUCCCUCAACUCGCUGGCUGCUUGUCCCAACAGCACCACAGACUUCGCCAUGUUGGCCCAGUUUGUUUCCACUCCGUUCACACACAAAACUCCUUCCAGCAGCAACUUUUACCAGGAUCAAGAGAACAACUGCGAUAGCGGAGACGCUGAUGAUGACGCCUUUAUCAGACGUCAAACCAAGAAACUCAGCCCCAUCAUGGAGUACAGUCCUCCUGAUGAGACGGGCGUCAGUCAGCUCGUCCCCUCAACAGCGACACAAGGCACCAUCGUGGGUGAAGGGCUCGCCGCAGCUCAACACUGCUUGACCACCUCCUCCAUCACCAUGGCGCAGCCUCCUCCUCCAGCUGUUCUGUCCUUCAGAGACCAGACACUCUGUCCCACCAACUCGUCCAUCGCCAGGACAACAGGACCCGGCUGGGAAGUGUACACGAGCCCUGAGCAGCCUCCUAAACCGGCCUCUCUGACCUCGCAUAACCCUGAGAGUUCAGUCAGACCCAGUAGUGAACCUUUUACAAUCAUGGAAGAUUUAGAUAAACCCACCAGCCCAGAACGUGCCCGCAAACCAGCCUAUGAUGUUCCCAUGAGCCCAGAGUGCGCUCCCAAACCAGACUGGCUGAUUGUCAGAAGCCCUGAGGUCAGAGGCGAGCUGGACUUGGACGCCUUCCUGAGUCCAUGCAGGCUCAAGAAAGCAGACACCGUCCCCACCGAGAGCCUGGACAUCCCCAUGAGUCCGCAGCAGCAGCAGCCGCAGCUCUGUGCCGAUGUGCCCAUGAGCCCGGUACAGCCACAGUUCAGCACUGUGGACGAACCCAUGAUGAGUCCAGGCAGAGGCCUGAGUCUCCGCGCUGACGUUUCCAUGAACCCAACAACACCCAGGGCAGCCAGGACGGGAAGCACCCAGCAGGUGUCCGACCCCUGGGACAAUGCACUGAUCUCUAAUCUGCUGUCAACACUGUCCCCGCCUCUCACCUCUCACCCUCACUGCAUCACCUGGCAGUGCAGCAUACCCAACAUCACCCCCAAGAUGACCAUCAGCAUGGGAAAGGCGUCCCUGCGAGUAGACUGCGUCCUCGGAGAAGGUGCUUUCGCCACCGUUUACCAGGCGACUGACCCCAUGACAUCAGAGAAGAUGGUUUUGAAGGUUCAGAAACCAGCGAAUCCCUGGGAGUUCUACAUCAACACUCAGCUGGACGCCCGGCUGCAGCCCGGCAUCCGUCACCUCUACAGCAGCACCCACUCCGCUCACUUCUUCAACAACGGCAGCGUGCUGCUCGGCAAGCUGCACAACUACGGCACUCUGCUGAACGCAGUGAACAUCUAUAAAACCCUGAGCGAUAAGGUGAUGCCUCAGCCUCUGGUCAUGUACUUCACCAUCUGUAUUCUGCACAUGGUGGAGCAGCUGCACAGCAUCCGAAUCAUCCACGCUGACGUCAAACCUGACAACUUUAUGCUGGGAGAGAGGUUCUUGGAGAACAAUUGCUUCGAUUCGGAGAGCGUGGACCACGGCCUCGUCCUGAUCGACCUCGGACAGAGCAUCGACAUGGAGCUCUUCCCAGAAGGCACCGCUUUCACCGCCAAGUGUUUGACGUCAGGCUUCCAAUGUACCGAGAUGCUCAGCGGGAAACCGUGGAACUAUCAGACGGACUACUUUGGAAUCGCAGGGACGGUCUACUGCAUGCUGUUUGGGACGUACAUGGAGGUCGUUAACGAAGACGGCGUGUGGAAGACAAACGGUGUAUUUAGAAGAAACCCCCACAGCGACUUGUGGCUAGAGUUCUUCCACACGAUGCUGAACGUACCGGACUGCGGUUCUCUGCCGAGCCUGCAGAGCCUCCGCUGCAAACUGACGUCCGUCCUGCAGCAGAACUACAGCAGCAAGCUGCCGACGCUGAAGAGGCGCCUGGUGGUGCUGCUGCUGGAGAGUCGCAAGGCAUCUCGCAGAUGACGACACCAACACUGACAGAUCUCACUUUUCUUAUCUUUCUCCUCUCCUCUUCACUCCCUUAUCCUUCUUUUAAUCUUAUUCAAACAGAGAAUAAAAUGUGUGUUGCUUUGUAGAUUAUUUGUUUAGUGCGGUUAGAUUUAUUGAAUCUAGUCCGCACAGAUAUUAGUUAUUAUUAUUUGAUUCAACAGUUUCCAUUUCUUCUGAAUUUGUUUAGUUGUGAUUUGAUGUAUUCAGAAAUUUUUCGUAAGCAUGUUUUCUGUACAAAAAGAGCUCAUGUUUGCAUGUUUUUAAAUUGAGUUUUAUAUUUGUGCUUUCCAUAAAAAGGAAACUGAACAGA